GAGGAAUCAAUGACCAAAUGCAUCUCACCAUCGACGCUGUUGUGCAACAUCUCCAGGUUGUGCAUGCAAGAAUCAAGAACCGGCGACAGGAGGAGCUGUGGUUGGCGUACCUCUACCUUGAGGAGGAAAGAUGAAUCGACCCGGUUCUUGUGCUGCAUCGCAAGUGGUACUGGUGUGGCACCCUUGCUGCCAAGGGUCACCAUCGAUGCCCCGGUCACCGACAGCAACGACGCUGCUUGUGUCACUGGAGAGGAGAAGGCCGUCUUUUCCACCGCUGCCACAUCGUAUCGCUGUUUGAACGGGGAUGACCAUGACAUCGUCAAGAAGCUUUGGAGGAAUGGUGGUACAGGUAGUGGCAGUGAUGGGCGUGAGCGGUUGGUUCAUUACUGCCAACAACUUGCUCUUACUCAGCUCAGACGAUGCUGGGUAGGAGAACGCCUACGGCAAACCACUAGGGCAGAACGUGAUAUCUUAACUACGGUGCUGGAGCAUGUGAAGGUGCAGCUGGCAUCCCAUCCAUGUGAAGAGGGAGGACAUAGACGGGAUGCUGGGCUGGGUGAGGGUGCUCGCCUAGAGUGUCUCGGAAGAAGGCGCCAUGGCCGCCGGAUUGGCAGAUCGGUGCUUCCUGGCAGUGCGGGAGGCGGUGGCCAGGAAGAGGGUUCGGCACGCAUCGGUGUCGAAUGGCCAGUCCUUGCAGGACCAACUCGAUGAGAAGAUUUUCUAAUGUAUUUUCAUGGUAGAUAUUGUUGAGAAAAUUCUGACCAUGGUAGAGGCUGCUGAUGAGAAGACGUUGAUCAUGGUGGAACCUGAUAAUAUCGACACAUGUUUCCAGAGGCUGGCAGUGAGCUAUACUCCUGAUCACCUAGCCGCCGAGCCUCGUUCGAGCAUUGGCGGCCAGAUGAGAUGCUAGAUGGAGCAGUCUGCGGGUUGCCAUGGCGCUCAUGUAGGGGAUGCUCGUUUGGCCAAGCCGGCCAGACUUGCUCUUUAACUUGAUGGAUGUUAUGUGAUGUUGGUCAAGCUAGAUGUGUGUUCAUCGUCAGCUCUCCAUGACUAUUUUUGAUGUAUGGUAUUUUGAGAUGGACAUGGUAGAUAGCUAGCAAUGGUUGGUGUCAUGUUGUGUUCUUGUGGCAACCUCGAGUCAAUACUUGGAUCUGAUCGGUCGAGUGUAGGAAGCUAGCUAGCUUAUGCAUGGUGGGUUGAUACGAAGUGUAUGUGUGGUAGAUUAACACACAUGAAUGCAAAUCACCAGAAUAACAAGCAGGACGUGGUAGCUAACCUGUAUGUUGGCUUGUGUAUUCAUAUAUAUACAGAAAUAAAUCCAGAAUUUCAGUUUGCUGG